AUGUCAGAAAAUUUUAUUAAUGCUAUCCAAGAACGUCCUAUAUUAUGGGAUAAAAGGAAUAAAAAUUAUCACAACCGGUUAUUAUCGUACCGUGAAAGGGAGGAUUUGGCCAAAUUAACCGGGACUACAAACGCUGCUAGUUUGGAAGACUAUUUGGCCCUGGACGUGACUGACAGUGACUACACCCAACUCCAUGAAUCUAUGUCUACGUUGCAAGAAAUGCCACAGAAUACAACAACAGAUAUUAACACAUGUCAAGCGCCUUUGCCUUCACCCUCGUUGCCAGACAUCACAAGACAAACACGCAAAAGAAAAUAUAAUGUCCUAGAAGCAUUCCUCGACAUCGAGAGAGAGAAGAUGAAAACUCUUCGCCAAGAUCAAGAUCGUCAUCAGUAG